GUGCUGCCCGGCCGGUGCUGCCCGGCCCGCUCCGUGCCCGGCCCGCUCCGUGCCCGCCUGUGUCCCGGGCCCUGUCCCCAGCCAUGGUCUGUGCCCCUGCCCGGUACCUGGUGUUCUUUCAGUACUUUGGCACCAGGUACAGUGGGGUUAUGGAGACCAGGAGUGAUCAGGCCCUGGUUGGAGUCCAGAAUUAUUUGGAGGAGGCAGCACAGAAGCUGAGGCCCAGCGCUCCCAUCAAGUUCCACAUCUCCAGCCGGACGGACACCGGCGUCCACGCGCUGGCCAACGCUGCCCACCUGGACAUCCAGAGGGCUCCAGGCAAGGCAGCCUUCACUGGCAAGCAGCUUGUCCAGGGGCUCAACUACCACCUCAGGCCUGAGCCCAUCCGCAUCCUCAGUGCCCAGCGAGUGCCCAGUACCUUCCACGCCCGUUUCUGUGCCCUCUCCAGGACCUACCUGUACCGGCUGCUGCUGGGCUGUGCCCACUACUCCCAAAUCCCAGUGUUCGAGCGGGAUCUCUGCUGGGCUCCUGCAGGAGGCCCACUGGACAUCCCUGCCAUGAGGGAAGCAGCAAAAUUCCUGCUGGGAACCCACGACUUCAGCACCUUCCGCUCGCUCCACUCCGAGUCGGCGUUCCAGAGCCCCGUCAGGACCCUGCUCCAGCUGGAAAUCCAGCCCUCUCCCGGAUUCCUGUCCCACCACUACGAGCACAGGGGACUGGAGUUCUGGGAGGUGAAGGUCAAGGGCAGAGCCUUCCUUUACCGACAGGUGCGGAGGAUGGUCGGGGCUCUGGUGGCCGUGGGCCAGGGGAAGUUGGCCCCUCACCACAUCCAGGAGCUGCUGGAGGCGAAGGAUGCCCGGGCUUUCCCCUCUUACGCCAUGGCCCCGGCCUCGGGGCUGUUCCUGAAAUCCGUGGAGUACAGCCAGGCAGAAAUAGCAAAUGGAAGCUGGACAUCCCUGUCAGGGACAGCACAAGUUCAAACUGCAAGGACUGAGCUGCCUGUGAUGGAUCCAGAGCCCAGGAAAUGUGGAUACAAAGCACUUUUCACCACCCUCAGAGCUUCCCCAGCUCAGCAGACACCCAGAUCUGGCCAUUCCGAGUGCCCCAGCAGAAGAGGAGCUCUGUGGGCUGAGCUGAAAGGACUCUUGUGGCUCUGGGGUGGGAACUGGCCAAGUGGCACAGCCUGGCCUCAAUAAAAACCAUUGACUGUGGCUGCAGGGGCUGCCUGCCCAGGGGCAAAAGGAGGAACCAUUCUGUGCUGCUCUCUUCUGGUUUCUCUCUGAAGUUCUGCUGCCUGCCUCUGCAGGAUGAAGGAGUGGGGCUGGGUGGUUUUGAUAUUUUGGGGUGUUUUUUCCUCCUGUGGGUUGUGUGGGAGGAAGGCAGGCUGAGAGCAGAGGAGAAAAUGCAGCAUUUCCUCUCCUCACCAGCCCUUUGUGAGCUGGCUUUGUUUGAUGAGAAAAAGCCUUUGGGAGUGAUCAGGUUUUUCCUCUCCCCAUCUCCCAGUGGCUUUGACUUCAUCCUUCAGCUCCUUGUGGGGUUGUCACUCUCCCAGGGCGUCAGCAGGGAGCAGAGAGCUCAAAUUUGUCUUGAUUUUAUUUUAACCACUCAGCUCUGCCUGCUUGCCCAGGCAAUAAAAUAAACAUUGGGUGACUUGUGGGGUUU